UCUAAGCAAUUUUAUGAAUGUGUAAACACUAGAUUAGAUCUAGACUAGAUCUAUUCUAUAUGACUAUAGAGAUUUAUUUUUAAUGAUGGAAGAAUACGAGACAGAAAAUCAAAAAAAGAUUGAGAGUGAUUUCAAGAUGUUAGCAUCGCUUUCACAUCUUUGCAAAUUAAAAGAGAAAGAAUUGGAAGAAAUGAAACAUCAAAUUGGGCUUUUAAAAAAGGAGAUAAACUUGCUUAACUUAGAAAGAAAGUGGUGUUUUGAUGAUGAUGGUAAUAGAAUAACUCAGUCUUGUGAAGAUCAAGCUCUGGAAAUCAGCAUCAAGUUAGCAGAGUUUCCUCACUUAACAGAAGAUGUUGUAAAAGCCUUGAGAAAGAAACACACUGACCUUGUCACCAAUCUAUCAGAACUCAAUGCUCAUUUUGAUGCUUUUACUGAAGAAAUAAAAAGACCAUAUCAAGUGAUAUAGCUAGCAGCUCAAUAACAAGUAUUACAGAAACAUUGCACUAGAAAGUUUUGUUUACUAAGUGUUUGUAUAUAAUUGUGAUAUUUCUUUUUUUUUUUUUAAUAUUGAAUUCUUGUAAAUAGAUCUUUCUUACAAUGAAAAUAAUUUCAAAUAAAAAAAUAUAACUCCAAAAAGAUUUCAGAAUUUUAAAUAGAAGAGUUAAUUUGUUUUUGUAAGCUCUACAGUUAAAACAUGUUAGCAUCUGACAUUUGAUAAAUCCUAAAACUGAUAGUGGACUGUAAUUAUAUUCUGUUUUGCCUCUAAAUAUGCAAAUAUUAUUUGCACUGGACCUGUUUUAUUUUUGAUGCCAUCCUCACAUCAAGUUCUAGUUGCUCUAAU